AGCCCAAUCCCGACCUGCACCCGCAGCUUCAAGGAACGAACAAGCGACGGAACGCCUAGGGUGACUCACAGGGGCAAACGCGGUGGCCUGGUGCUUCUCAGCAGCGAGCAUCAGGACCGCGAUCACCAGGGCGCAGGUGAUGAACAUUUCGAUGAUCAGGCCUUGGGGGUUUGAGAGGGACGCAGAGACUGACUUGACGGUGAGCGGGCCCGUGAGUCCUCGCAGGAUGGCUGCCGCGGCGAUGGAGCCAACGAACUGGGCGAUGCAGUACAAGAAGCCGCGGAACAGAGGUAGGAUGCCAAGCAUGACUAGAGAUGCGGUGAUACACGGAUUAAAGAGACUUCCAGUGAUACUGCACAGGGCAAGACGAGGAUGAGACGAGCAUUCAGUCGCGCGAGGAGCAAGGGGGGACAUGGGAGGGCGCGACAGACAGAAGAGGCAUUACCGAAAGAACAUCCACGCGCAGACCACCAGCGAGAAGCCCAUGCACGUCGACACGUACAUCACUUGCUGCACAUCCGACACGCCGUGCGGGCUUGCGAGUGUUUCACGCGUCGAAGCUUGAAUCCCGCCCAGUCCCAGAAGCAGAAACAGCGUAGUGCCGACGAGUUCGAGGAGAGCGGCGAGGAGGUCUUUGCGGAGGUUCUCUUGACUGAAGCGAGCCAUGUGCCGGGUGGGGGAGUAGUGAUGUGUGUAUAGCGAAGGAGGCUGCAGACGGCGGGAGCGCUGAUGGUGUUGUUUGGAUGAUGAGAUCAAUCUCGGAGUGUUCCGCGUCCGCUUCGACAAAUCUCGAGGUGCUGCAGAUGCCUCCACUGGUCACUUCCCAGCGCGACAUACGAUGGAGAGAACCAAGUUCCUGGAUCUCACGCUUCCGGUCUUCAUAAGAAUGCCAUGCAGAGCGGAAUCUGAAGGGUUC